AUGGAUAUGAGCAUGUAUUUAACGGCGCCCCUUCAGAUUGAUAAGAUUUGUAGGGCUUGUUUGACGGAAAAAGGUGAUAUGAGGCCCUUAUUCGGGGCCUGUUUAGAUGAAAUGCUCAAUUCGUUCGCCUCCAUUCAGGUAUCUGAAAAUGAUGGUUACCCUCACCUCAUGUGCGUGCAAUGCGUUUUACAAUGCAGUAGAGCAUAUACUUUUAAGCAACAAUGUGAAAAAUCGGACAAUAUUUUACGCCAAUAUCUUUCUCCAGAGUUUCAGCAUCAACUGGCUGAAUCUAUUGCUGAAAAGCAAAGGGAACAAGCUAAGCAAGAGUUACAAGAGCAGUUACAAUUUUCUGAACACAUAGGAACUGUUAUUACCAUUGAACAAGAUAUUCCAGAGUUUGUAACAUAUUCUGACGAUCCAUUAGAUGUUAAAGAAGGUCUUUAUACCAUCGAAACAGCUAGUGUAGAACAAUCUAAUUCUUUAACUGAUAACUCCUUAACCGAAGACCUUGGUGAUGGGAUUGUUAUACAAUUGGAAAAUAAAUCUGAUUCUGACAAUAAAUUAAAAUAUGCUUGUACCAAAUGCGACAUCUCUUUUGCUCUGAAAGUUGACCUUAAAGUCCAUAUGAUGUCCCAUCCGAAAGAGCUCAACUAUGAAUGUCACGUUUGCGACAAAGCCUUCACUGAGCCGCGAAUUUUGAAGCGACAUCUUAAAAUUCACUUAGAACAGAAACCCCACCAGUGCGAUCAGUGUGACAUGGCAUUCGCCGAAAGUUCUAAUCUAAGCAAACAUAAGAAAAAACAUACUGGAGAAUUGAGGAAUAUUAAAGGGAAACCGCAUCUUUGCUCGGUUUGCGGCAGAGCUUUCAAAUGGGCUUCCAGUUUGUCCAAACAUAUGAAAUACCACACCGGACAUAAGUUGUUGUCUUGUGAAUAUUGUGGGAAGCAAUAUGUGGAAGCAAGAAGCUUGAGGAUUCACGUUAGCUCGCACACUGGCGAACGACCUUAUGUUUGUGAAGUUUGUGAUAAAGGCUUUACUCAGAUUUGCAACUUAGAAAAGCAUCUUCGUGUACAUACCGGUGAGAAGCCAUACCAGUGUCCUAUUUGCAAUAAAAGAUUCACUCAAUCAGGUUAUGUAGGUAUCCACAUGCGCACACAUACAGGUGCUCGUCCAUAUGUAUGCGGCACAUGUGGCAAAGCCUUUGCAGCUUCCAGUACUCUAAAUAUCCAUCAACACACUCACACAGGUGAAAAACCGUAUACGUGUCAAGUUUGUAAUAAAUCGUUCAGUCGCCAAGAAACACUCAAUAUACACACCAGAUCGCAUACCGGUGAGAAACCUCACAUUUGUAAUGUAUGCAAUAAAGGAUUUACCAGUUCUGGUUUGUUAUCUGGGCAUAUGAGGACUCACACUGGAGAGAAACCGCAUGCCUGUGAAUGCUGUGAUAAAAAAUUCGCCAGUUCGAGCAGCUUGAAAGUGCACAUGAGGUCACACACAGGGGACAAACCGUUUAGCUGUAAGAUUUGCAGUAAGAAUUUCUCACAGUGUAGCUCUCUCCAACAACAUUUAGCUACUCAUGUAUCCAAGUCGGAAAUCAAAGUAGAAUCGGUCCAUGUUACUUUACCGGAACUUAUGACUGUAGAUAACCAGACCAUUCAAGUGCAAGCUAUUUCUACAAUUCAAUCAGCAUUAACAUAG